UGAUAAUACAGCACACAUUUCAGUUUUUGCGUUAAUUUUUGCUUGACCUCAGUUGAGCACAUUUUGUGAAUAUCAACAUAACUGCAUCAUCGUAUUAUAUACUUGAUAUUUUCUCUAAAUUCUGAAUUUCGGAGUAUGAAAUAAACCUUAAGUUGUACAACACACAUACCAGAAGGCAUAUCAUCAGUACUUUUUUUCACUGCUCAUUAUUUUCCAUAAUCUUCAGCAUCAAUUUAUUCAUCACAUCAUCCAUCCUACCUCACCUGCCAUGACAUCCAAUCUUCAAAAAGACACAACUUUGACAAAAAUAUUCGUCGGUGGACUACCCUAUCAUACUACAGAUGAAAGUUUACGUUGUUUUUUUGAUCAAUUCGGCCCAAUCGAUGAAGCUGUGGUUAUCACUGAUCGUCAGACUGGAAAAAGUCGAGGUUAUGGAUUUGUAACUAUGACUCGUACAGAAGAUGCCCUGCUAGCGAUUCGUGAUCCAAAUCCAUGUAUUGAUGGUCGGAAAGCGAAUGUGAACUUGGCCGUGCUUGGAGCUAAACCUCGUCUUAUGCCUGGAACUAACCCUGCAAUGCCGCCAUUUUUCCCGCUUCAAACUGGGUUGCCAAUGGACCCGAGUCAGGCGGGUCUUUUCAACAAUUCAGCAGCUGCUGCCGCGGCAGCUGCACUUGUCAACAACCCUUUAAUGAAUCCGUUAGUGAAUGCAAGUCUACUCACAGGUUUCAAUCUACCCAAUGCCAGUGGACUAUCACCAAACAUUAACGGUGGACUUUUGCAAACACCAACUAAUCAUCCGCAAAUGUCACCAAUAUCUGAUCCAACUGUUGAUAAUCGACUACAAGCACAACUGUCAUUAAAUCCACUUGCUAGUUUGAAUUAUUUACUGAAUAUUUCAAAUGCAACAGGGAAUCCUUCACCUACUGCUACAGCAGCGGCUCUAGCAGCAACAGCCAAUGGAAAUCAAGCGAAUAUAUCGCCUGCUGCUUUAGCUCUUCUAAUGUCUGCCUAUGGGCAAGGAGCGAAUGGUUUAAACACUGGUUUACCGACAAACACUUCAUUCGUUGGAGUACCAUCUGUCAGUCAUCCAUCGAUAAAUGCCACUAGUUUACCUACCACAAGUUUACUGAACUUGAAUUCCACUACUGCAAAUACAACCGGCCUAAAUGUUCUGACUGGAAGCCAUUCGGUAUCACCAUUCUGUAGAACAUUUACACCAGAAGUUUCAGCCAAUGACUUGAAUGCCUACUCUGCUGCUAUGGCUUAUCAACGAUUACUAAAUAUGGCAUCCAGUUAUCAAACCAUUCCACCAUCCUUACUGACGUCAGUUAAUCCAAUCAACUCAUUAUCAGGCGCUAUGAUUAAUAAUCCAUUUCCCAGUAUUCCAAAUCAAACAAUGAACUAUGCGAACAGCAAUAAUAGUAGUAACGCGAAUACUGCUAACAAUAAUAAUAAUGGUAUCAGUGUUUCAAUGGACCACCAGCCGAAUUCAAUACCACUAGGAUUUCCGGCUACAUCGCGUAAUUUAGUUACUUAUACAACGGAUCUGAACGGUACAUCAUAUGAUUAUGGGAAUCAUUCACAAGAGUUGACGGCUAAUAUGCAUGCGACGCAUCAUCCCAGCACAAGUACUACACCACCACCAGCACUACGUGAAAAUAUUGAAUGCGGUGUUAAUGCUUCUAUGAAUUUCUAG